AUGUCGUAUGCUUUUGAUAAUGAUGAAUUUUCACAUUAUUAUGAUAGGUUUGUUGUUGAACAUGUUCCACGUGAUAUUUUCUGGACGGAUACAGUAAAAGAUGUAUAUGCUGAAAUCAUACGGCAGACAUUUAUUGAUAAUCAACAAACAACUGUUGUUGAAUUAGGUUGUGGAACUGGUGAAAAUUUACUCGAACUUCAAAAUUAUUUUCCAAAUAAAAAUCUUAAAUUUAUCGGCAUUGACCAUUCACAAGCUAUGUUAAAUCGUGCUAAGGAAAAGUUGAAUAAUAAAAUUGAAUUGUUACAUGGUAGUUUAACAGAUUUUGCUCAAUGUUUACAAACAAAACCAGUCGAUUGUAUACUCUUGCCUGCCGGUACAUUUCAUCAUUUAAUUACUGAUCACGAACGGCAAGACUUAGUAAAUAAUAUUCAACAAACGCUUCGCCAUGAAACUGGACUUUUUGCUAUUUAUUUAUUUGCUGAUUCGUUAAUACGUACAGAAGCAAUCGAGAGUGCAACAAAUACGGAAGAUAAAUUCAAACUUAUUUCAGUUGAAAAUACUCAAGAAAAUGAUAACGAAUGGAUAUGUAAGCAAAUAUUUGAAUUUAAUGUUCCCCCAAAAAUUCAAUUAUCAUGGCAAUUACGUACGUGUUCAAUAGUUAAACUGAUUCGUUUAUUUAUUUCGAAUAACUUUGAAAUUCUAUUUUGUUGCGUGAAUGGAAAAGAGCUUCUACCGUAUAAUGAAAAUAUUUCAUAUUCUUUAACGAAUAACUCGACACCAGUAAUUAUCGUUUUUCGUACAAGAAAAAAUACAAACUAG